AUGUCGCAAGACUAUUAUUUAAGUUGUCUGAAAGAAGGCAUUAAUAUUUAUCCAUACGAUUCAUUUAGUGAUAUAAGAUUAAGCGGAUCCGGUGGUUUUGGAAAUGUAUAUCAAGCAAUAUAUCGAGAUGCUGAUAUGCUUGUCGCUCUUAAAUCUAAUUCUAAUCUCAAGGAAAUUGUAAAUGAGUUAAGAAUUCAGAAAACCGUAGAUGUACAUGAAAAUAUUAUUCGAUUUUUAGGUGUAACUAAAAACGAAGGUGAUAAAUAUCUAUUAGUACUCCAGUGGGCUGACGGUGGAACUCUAAGGAGAAUUAUACAUCGUGACAUUCAUCCAAAUAAUAUACUCAUUCAUCAAGAAAAUAUUAAAUUAGCUGACUUUGGUCUCUCUCGAUGGAUUACUGCAAAUUCUCGCUGUGAUUACGGUGUCUUACGUUAUGUGGAUCCACAAGCUUUUAUAAAAGCUAGUCGUAAUUACAAAUUAAAUAAGAAAUCUGACGUUUAUAGUGUAGGGAUGCUCAUGUGGGAAUUAUCAAGUGGUAGAAUUCCUUUUGGUUCGCUUGAUGAUUUGGCUAUUCAACGAGAAAUCUGCUUCAACGGUAUUAGGGAAAAAAUUGUUGAAGGAACUCCAAUCAGCUAUUUGGAAAUUUAUCAAAGGUGCUGGCAAAAUGACCCUGACCUACGUCCAACUAUGGACCAAAUAUAUGAUAGCUUAAAAAAAGUUGACUUGAAUUCUCCAGUUUUUCGAAUUACGAGUAGUAAUAUUUCCCUUCCUUGCACUACUGUUCUUCCCAUUACAGAUUUAUUGGAUAUUGAAAUUUGCGUAAAUGGAUUUUUAACCAAUAUUAUUCAUCAAAAUAGGGAUAUUUCAAUUCAAUAUGAUGAUUCUGCUCUCAAUUCACAAGCUAAUGAAUUAUGGAAUAUUCUUGAUAAUUCAACAAAUAUUGGAAAAGAUUUUACUCAAAUUUCAAAAGAAAUAAUUGAAUAUCAUAGACAAAAACAAAAAGACAUUAAAAAUAUAUUUGAUUGGCUAAAACGUAAUAGUACAAAUACGACGAAUCAUGAUUCAAGUUUACAAUGCCUUCUUGGAUUUUUUUAUUUUAUGGGAAUUGGAACAAAAAAAUAUAAUGGAGUUGAAAGAGCCACAAAUAGAUUAAAGGAAAUGUCGUCAUCAUCAAUAUCAAGACCGAUGGGAUUAGCUAGCUUUUUGGUGCCUACAGUGUCAAAUAAUUGA